UCUUUCUCUCUCCUCUCUUUCUCUCUCCUCUACUUCUUACCAUUACUUCGUAACAAAGGAGUAGACUCCAAGAAACAACCAAAGCUCUUCCCCAAUUUUUUCGCCGAUGAUCGUCAACGUCGGAGACUUCCCGUCAAAACUCUAUUUCCGAUUUGGUUAGAUUGUUUCUCUCUUCCCGAUUCGUUUCUCCUACCUUGUUCCAGAUAUUUGGGAUUCAGUUUUUUGUUUGGUGGAAAAACGACGAGCCUUUUUUCCUGAUCCAAAAUAUUAGGGGUUUGAUUGUCUACGAAUUCAUCCGUUUCUGCCAUUUUUUCUGUUUUUUGGAGCUUUUCGACGGUUUCCCUGGUUAUUUGGCGCUUUAUCGUACGGCUUUGUUUGUAACGACUUGAUGGCGGAUGGAAAUCUCAGCACAAGGAAAUAAAUUGUGUUGUGUUCAUUUCUUUUUGAUGAUACUUUAAAGUAUUUCACCAUUACACCGCAGGAGAUAAGUUUGUUGAGGAAGAUAACAUGAUGAAUCAGCCACUUUCGCCCAAAGAUGAAAGGAUUGUUUCUACCAAUCCAUCUCCGGAUGCAGCCAUCACAGGUCCUUCAAGAAAUGCCAUUGAUCCUCCAAGGGCUUCAGAUGCAGCUGUAGAUAAUAAUAAUAAUACAGUCUACCCACUCAACAACUAUGGAACGCUUGAACAAACUUACUACUAUGGAGGAUAUGAUAGUGGUCCGAGCAGUUGGAGUGGGUAUCCGCAGUACGCUGGGGAGGGCUUGCAUGUCGUACCUCCGGUCAUUUAUGGUGAUAAUUCAUCACUUGGUUUGCAUUCUCCUUAUGGCUUCAACUCCCAGAUGGCAUAUGGACAGUACUCACCUGCCAGUACGCCUGUGCCUCAGAUAAUGGUUGAUAACCAGCUUUAUUCGCCACAACAAAUUCCUGUUUCCCCACAGUACUAUCCCCAGUCAGUUGGCAGCUCGAUGCCACAUAUGUCAGCUGCGAUUCCAGUUUCCCAUGCCGAGAUGGUGAAUCAUAAAGGACACAUGUCCAUGAAUGCGCUUCAUAACCAUGGUUAUUACAACAUGCAUGGGAUGUAUGGAUCUGGUGAACCUUUGUCAAGUCCAUCAAACUCUGUGGAUGGUGGGUGGAGAACUUUGAAUUCAAGUGCUGCAUACACCCAGCCAGUUGGUACUCUUGGCUCGUUUGACCCCACAGUUGGACAGAUUGCUCAACAGAGACCAUAUCAUGGAUAUGGAUUGGUGUCAGAUUAUGGUGGUGGGACAUAUCACUAUGAUGGCACGUUUCAGAAUUCACAUUACAGUGCCAUACCUAGCUCUCAUUCAGGAGGUAAUUAUCGGAAUCGUUUUAGCGUGGAGAAGGCACGAAAUCAAAGGGAGCAGGAUGCCAUGUUUGCCAUCUCAGGUGAUCGCAAUAGAGGACCGAGGGCUUCUAAGGGAAAAGGAAAAGGGACCACUGGAAAUGGUUCAUUUUCUGGUGCUGAAAGUGCUCCAGAAAAUAACGCAUUGGCAAGCAGUGCUAAAACUGGUGCUUCUGCCUCUGGAGUGGAUCUCGCUUCUUACAAUGGUGCGGAUUUUCCAACUGAGUAUGAGAAUGCGAAGUUCUUUAUCAUUAAGUCUUUUAGUGAAGACAAUAUCCAUAGAAGCAUUAAAUAUGGUGUUUGGGCGAGUACGCCUCAUGGAAAUAGAAAGUUGGACGCUGCUUAUCUGGAAGCAAAGGAGAAAAGCAACUGUCCUGUUUUCCUCUUGUUUUCGGUUAAUGCCAGUGGCCAAUUUUGUGGAGUAGCAGAAAUGGCUGGACAAGUUGAUUUUGAGAAGAAUGCAGAUUACUGGCAGCAAGAUAGAUGGACAGGACAAUUCGCAGUUCGUUGGCAUAUAAUCAAGGACAUACCUAAUAAUAAAUUUCGGCACAUUUUGCUAGAAAAUAAUGAUAACAAGCCUGUUACUCAUAGCCGAGACUCUCAGGAGGUGAAACUCGAACAGGGCAUUGAGAUGCUGAAAAUAUUCAAAGAAUACGAAGCACAGACAUCCAUUGUGGAUGACUUUGAAUUUUAUGAUGACAGAGAGAAGGUUUUGCAGGAAAGGAAGAAUCGACAACAAGUAAAAUCAAAGCCGAGUGUUUCAGAAUCUCUUACUGAUGAGAUUUUGAAUAACAUAUCUGACAGAUUAGAUCAAACUCUCCAUUUAGACGAGAGUUGUAAAGAUGAUGUUGUGACAACUGAGAAGAGCAGCAGUGCACAGCAAAACAGUAAGGUGUAGUUAGAUGCUCACAUCAGCACAUUUCAUGGUUAUAUCUUAUGGUAGGUCCUUCCUUCUUUCAUGGUUAUAUCUUUCAAAGUCUCAGAAAGUUAAAAGAUCCUUUCUUCAUUACUGCUGGAUUCCUUCCUUUUCUCGCCUUUUUUCUUCCAAAUCUUUUUGACUUCUUGAUCGUUUAUAUUGAGUGUACAUGAGCCAAGGAUGUCAAUGUCUCUGCUGUGUUGGUGGCAGGAGUGUUGUACGAUGUGCCUGGUUCUUUUUCUAAAGUGUAAUUUUAGCCCCAAUAUACCCUCACAAAAAAGGGGGAAAAAAGAGUUUUAUCUUUUUCAUAUUUUUCCCUAUGUUAUUUAUUUAUAGUUUGAUUUUCAAUUUGUUAUCUCUAUGCUAAGUGGAUUCUACAGCUUAGGUCACCAUUUCCCUUGGGUGGUGAGUUACUUCAAGGAUUUAUGUAAUUGCCCAGUUUUUUUUGGGAAGCAAAUUAAUAAAACAAUUCUGCAACAGCAUUGAAUGA